AUGCAUGGUGAAAAGGGGCCAGAAAACAUCAUGAGGAUAGAUGCCAAAAAGGAUUUGCGCAUCUGGGUCUCCUCAAACUUAUCUUUCUCACUGCACCAUGAGAAAUCGGCCCAAAAGGCAUUCGCCAUUUUACGGAUGAUCCGAUGCACCUUCUCCCGUAUUACUUGCAUGCAGUUCCAAAUACUCUAUGGGGCCUACGUCAGACCGCUCCUGGAGUACGCCAACCAAGUUGUCUACUCAGGACUUACGAAAGACGUCACCCUCAUUGAGCGUGUCCAGAGGGCCUCUACGAGAAUGGUUGCCGGCCUCAAAUCCGUGGAAUACGAAACGCGUCUCGCGAUGCUUGAUCUCUUUCCCCUGGAGUACCGUCGCCUCCGAGGGGACCUAAUUCUUACUCACGCCCUGUUUGAACAAAGCUUGGCAAAUAGGACGAUAUCUCAGUUGAAAGUUCCCGGAUUUCCUCAUACUGCCAACGAAUCCAAUACUCAGGCAAUCACCACACGUCAGUCGGAAUUACGUCUCUAUCACAAUUUAAUUGUACAACAAAUCAAAGAUCUUCAGGGCCAUCUGAAAGUUGGCGUGGUACCAAAUAUGGCGAGAAUCGAUGAAAUAACCGGUACGCUGAAUGCUGCAUGCACCACCUUCCUCGCCACAAUCGACGAUCUGAUGUCCCUAAUUCAACCAACGAACGCUCCCCUUAGUGGAAGUAAGGUUGCGCAAUCUGCCGACGACCCACUGUCUGGAUUCCCCAGUCCACAAUCGUUUGUGCGUGGGAGCGUUGUGGGUCCACCCAGUGCGGGUCAUUCACCCGUGUCGUGGAAUUUUGUAGAUUUGCGUCCGAAUAUGUCGGCUCAAUUAGACCAGUCCAACAGUCAGUUGCCGGGUGAUUUUCUCUCCGCCCUUGACUUUGCCAAGGCUUGCCGUUCUCUUUUCCGCAUUUUCGAUCGUAUAUCUGACUUCUCAGCGACGGACGCAAUGAUUGGUCGGACGUUCGCCGCAUUACAGCAAGUCCAGGCCGACUUGUUGGGCAAUCUCGAACGUCUGGAGAUGGCCAUUCAGGUCUAUACGAGCCAGAGAUCCGCGAGAGAUCAAAAUGGCCAUGAUCAACCACCAUGCGAGCCGCCAGAUUCAUCGACGAUUAGUAUAGGUACCCUACUCAGGAACGAUCUGAAGAAUGAUAGAACAGCGGAUGCAGCCUCCUUUUACAAAGCCAUUCUCUGGUUGUCCAGGUCGCUCAACUUUGUUCGCGAGUUCCUUCAUUUGCUCUUCACCCUUCCACCUCCUUCCCCUGACGAUGUCGCGGACAGAAGAGGGGCAGUGCAGGACGACAGUUUGAGUGUGGCAGCCACAGAAGCCUACUCUCGCUGCUUGCGGUCGUUCCAUCAGUGGUCACUGAGAGGAGUCGCAAUGAUAGUUAUAAAAUCUCUACCAACCCGAAGCCAGUUUCUACGUCUACUGCUCCAAGACGAUCUGAAUUCGGAUUCACCAAGCCAGGCGCUAGCCUCAGGGAAUUCGACGAUUCCUGUUGAUUUUACCACCCAACCGGAACUGUACGUACAACUUGAAAAAGACGCCCGACACUAUUCCGAUGCACUGGGUCGUACACUCACUCUCAUCGAAGGUCUGUUUGCCUACCUUGAUCUCGAAAGGAUAUUCACCGGUUCCGAAACUUACUAA